UGUCGCUGGUUCUUGCGGGGCCAGUUCAGUUACAGUGGGUGCGUCGAGAAAGCAAAAGCAGUCGUGGGUGUGCCCUGAGCAACAGAAAAAUCAACACAAACAGGCAGCAUCAUGACGCACAAACUGUUCGCCCUGAUGACCAUCCUGGCGUCCGUCCUGGUCGCAGCCAACGCAGAUGCGCGAAGGUGCAACUCGCAGAGUCCGACUGUGCUGCAGAAAAUCGUGAACGAGAUGGUAGACAAGUCGGUGAGCCCGAUGGUUUGUCCUCCGUACGGCAUCACCAUCGGCUCCGUGCUGGCCGUCGGCGACAACUUCUGCUGCUAUGACAUCACCUCGCUCAACUUCUACUGCUGCGACCGCAACUCCAUCACUGAAAACACCAUCCUGAACAUUCUCGGCAUCGUGCUGGUGAUCGCGGUGCUGUCGGCCAUCCUCUCGACUAUCAUCUACUGUCUGCGGCGAGUUCUGUGCCCUUGCUGCUGCUGAUGUCAUCGCGGUCGUCGCCGGCUGACUGAGUGAUUAGCAUGAACGCCCUACUUAAGUGCAUAAUAUUGUGUGUGCGUGUGUGUGUGUGUGUGUGUGAAUGAGAGAGCAGUGCAAAGUCCAAACGAAAUAUUACACGCGUCACUCAAAUUCUGUCCAUUUCCUCGCGCCAUUGUGUGGAUUAUUUAAGAAAUCUCAUGUAUUUGCACGAAAAAGACGCGAGAGGCGAAUCUCUGACGCCAUAUAUAUGCGAAUGCCUCCAUUGUUUGUCUGCGAAACAAUGGCAAAACAAGCUGCAGCACUCAUAAAAUAAAUUCUUCUUUCGCAGUUCAUCUUUAUAACAACGAGUCUCUGUUUGAAACUCAAUUUUUGUAUUUUUUAAAUUAACCAACUGCUGUUAGUUAAAUAAAAUGUGCCUUUCUUUCGAA